AGCAUCUGCCAUAUUGUGGUAAUGGCGACGGUUCCAUCAAUUGUUCGCGCAGAAAGCAUAGUGUAAUCUAUCCGUUUGCAGUUUAGAUCAGCAGUUCCCUCUGGGUAACUGCGGGAGCUUCACAGCUCAUAUCCAGCUGUAGGAGGGAACACUGAUGAAACUGGUGUUCUCUAUGAUACUGGAGCUGGACGGCUACGGUGGAGUAUAGCUGCGGAGAUUAAAAGGAAUCUAACAUCAUUCAGCGGCAACGACGUCAGAAGAAGAAUGGAUUGGUUUACAAUACUGAAUUUGGACGAACUCUCGCUUGAGCUGUCCAAUCUACAAAUGUUCCCCUUCUUUGAGACAGCUCAUUAUAUUAUAUCAGUGAUGGCACUCCGCGAACAGCCAGGGGUGUUGGAGGUUGCCCAUCGGAGCCCAUUUGCUUGCUGGUUUAGCUCGAUGCUCUUCUGCUUUGGGGGAGGCAUUCUGUCUGGUAUGAUGCUGGCUGAGCCCCCUGUGGCCCCACUCUCCAACACCACCAGUGUGUUGCUGGCCUCCCUGAUGUGGUAUCUGGUGUUCUACAGCCCUCAGGAUCUUAUGUACUCUUGUACAUCCAUAUCACCUGUAAGGCUGGUGCUGACUGGAAUGAAAGAGGUGACUCGGACUUGGAAAGUUUUGGGGGGUGUAGUCCAAGCCCAGAAGAAGUAUGAGAAUGGACUGUUGGUGAUGAUUGCAGUGGGCUGGGCCAAAGGUGCAGGUGGUGGACUGAUCAGUAACUUUGAGCAGCUUGUGCGCGGGAUCUGGAAACCUGAAACCAAUGAGCUCCUGAGAAUGACCUAUCCAACCAAGAUAACCCUGAUUGGAGCAGUAUUGUUCGCCCUACAACAGAAUCACUACCUACCUCUGAAGACGCAUCAUCUGAUGUUAAUCUAUACCGUCUUCAUUGUCAUUAACAAGGCAAGGAUGAUGUUGACUGGAUCUUCUUCCUCGCCGUUUGCCGUCAUGGAGUCUGCUAUGUAUCACAUGCUCUUUGCUCGUCCAGCAGCCUACUCCCCUCUAGCUGAGGAGGGUACACGGGCCGAACUCCAGUCAUCUAAAACCCCUAGUGUCCACUGUGACAGCCCCAAGAGCUCUGUGCAACCUGACACAGACAGUAGCCCCUCUCAUGAGUCCAAGCUCCAGAAGAGGAACUCCACCAAUGCAAAGAAGGCAGACCAGGUGGAAGGGAAGGAUCCAAAGUGCAACAAGAAAAAAGACUGAUCAAUGGACAUUCCCAUCUUUUCAUAGCUUUUUGACCAUAUAUCUAUAUUCAGUGAUUCGUACGUUUAAUUGUAUGAAAUGAUAAUGUAAUAUAUUUUCAUAUCUAUAAUGAAAUCACAGGAUUUUUAUUACUGCUUCAAUGCAUUGGUAUUUUUAAGGGAUUUUGAUGAAAAUACUGUUCCUGAUCGUAAAUUACCCUUUUAUUUGAUGAUUUUGUUUUGUGUUUGUGUGAGAAGGUUAUGAUUUUAUAAGAGAUUUACAUAUAUACUGUAUAUUUUAAUAAUAUUUAUACACAAGAAAAAAUGUCUGCAUGGCAGAAUUUGUACUGCAGUGAAUGUAGCACCCCACAAUCAGUGAAUGAAAUUUAAUCAAUGAAUGAAUUAAAUUCAGUUGCACUUUAAA